UCCAACUUGGAGCUUGCUGGGUCAGUCAAUGUCAUAGACAAUGGACUCGUGGUUGAAAACUCGGAGCUUCCCCUUUAAAUCUCUUCCCAUAUCCCUAGCUUUAAUUCGGGUCUUUGCAUCAAUGCACUUCACCAAUCACAAACUUUGUGAUUUGGUGAUAUCCCAAGAAGCUGUGGAGUUUUAGGGUCUUGUUUUAUCAUUUAGUUUGAUCACCAAUACUGAGGAUCAAGAAUGGCUGACCUCGUUUCAGGUGGAGCUAUAGGAGUACCAUUUACUAUACUGUAUGAAGUGAUUAAGGAAGUGGUGAUCAAAACUAAGAUGUUUAGACCUCUGCUUGAAGAACUUAAGAAGAAGAUAGAAGAUUUGAAACCACUGAUCGAUGAGAUGGACAAGUACAAUAAGGUGUUGGAUCGUCCAGAGGACGAGCUUCGACAAUUUAAAGUGCAGAUGGAGAAGGGCCCUGAGCUUAUUCACAAGUGCGCCAAUCUUAGCUUUUUGAAAAGCUACAAAAAGUAUAAAUACAGCAACCAACUUCUUGAGUUGCAGAACUCUCUUCAGAAUCUGCUAGCUAUACUGCAAUGGCAACAAGCCAGGGAUGUGAAGGAGACAUUGGUUGGAGUGAAGAAUAUAGAGAAUGUGGUGCUGCGAAUGGAUGGUGAGGGUCCUGCUGGAUUGAAAGAAGGGAUGAAUAAUAUGAAAGAGGCAUUAGAAGAAGUAAAGGUUAAAGUAGGGACAAUUUUCCAGCAGAUUGGUCAGAAAGGUGACGUACAAAAUCAAAUAGACAGUGAAGUACCGGUACCUCCUCGGGUUAUAGUUGGAUUGUAUGUGCCUUUGAGGGACUUAAAAAUGAAGCUUCUUUGGGAUCCUGAAGUGUCAAUGCUCGUGCUGACUGCUCCUGGAGGAUGUGGGAAAACCACUUUGGCUACAAAGUUCUGUCAAGAUGAGGAUGUCAAAGGUACAUUCAAGAAGAAUAUCUUUUUUUUCACUGUCUCAAAGGAUUCAAACUUCAGCCUUAUUGUACAAGGACUGCGUCAGCGCAAGAGUACUGAUGUACCGUCUUUCCAAGAUGAAGCAACUGCCAUCAAAUGGCUGCAUAAGUUUCUGAAGGAAGAAGGAGAGGCACCUGUAUUGUUGGUUUUGGAUGAUGUUUGGGCCGAAACAAAAUAUCUUUUGGAAAAAUUUGAUGAAGUCAAAAUGCCAAAUUUCAAGAUUUUGGUGACAUCCAGAUCACAGUUUCGAGGAUAUGGUUCUCUGUAUCAUCUGCAAUCACUAAAUGAUACAGAUGCAAUGACUCUUUUGCGUCAUUCAGCAUCAGUAGAUGAUGGGAGCUUUCGUCAAUGGAACAAACUUGCUGGAAAGAUAGUAGAACACUGCAAGGGAUACCCACUUGCUAUUGAUGUGGUCGGAAAAUCACUCCGCGGAAAAUCUUACGAGUCAUGGUGUAAAAGAGAAAUGGAGUUGUCCAAAAGUGGUUCUAUUGUUGAUGCUGAAACUGACGUGCUUCUACGUCUUAAAAGUAGCUUAGAUGCUUUGAAUGAAAAAGAAGCUAUCAUCAAGGAAUCUUUUGUAGACCUAGCUUCAUUUCCAGAAGGCCGAAGAAUCCCUCUAGUUGCUCUCAUUGACAUAUGGGCAGAGUUACAUGAAGAGCUAGAUAAAGAUGUCCUGGCCGUAGCAAACCUGCAAGAACUUGCUGGUCGAAGUCUGGCUGAUCUUGUUGUCACAAGGAAGGAGAUAAUGGAGGUUGAUGACUACUACAGUGAACACUUUGUAACCCAGCAUAAUUUGCUUAGACAGCUGGCUGUUUAUGAAGCCAAACUAGACGCAAGUAAAAAGCGACUGAUCAUAGGCAACUCAGGAGACGAUCUGCCCAAGUGCUUGACUGAACGGAAGCAUCAACUUAUUAAGCCUCGUCUUUUGUCAAUCACCUCAGAUAAAACGUUCUCAACAAAGUUACACAACAUUGAUCUAGCAGAUGUUGAGGUUAUGGUUUUGAAUUUCAACGCAAAACAUUAUGCUUUGCCUGAUUUUGUGGAGAAAAUGGUUAAUCUGAAGGUUCUGAUAAUCACAAAUCAUGGUUUCUCCCCUGCUGAAUUAAGUAACUUUCACCUAGUGGAUUCUUUACCAAAUCUUAAGAGAAUCAGGCUAGAGCGUGUUUCAAUUCCUUCCGUAACCAAGAAUUCCAUACAGUUGAAGAGUCUGAAGAAGAUUUCAUUAUUCAUGUGUAGCAUUGGUCAAGCUUUCAGCAAUUGUUCCUUCGACAUUUCAGAUGCAUUGCCAAAUUUGGAGGAACUAAAUAUUGAUUAUUGCAAUGACUUGUUGGGAUUGCCUGAUACGAUUUGCAAUCUGGUUCAUCUAAGGAAGCUCAGUAUCUCAAAUUGUCACAAGCUAUCUGCCUUGCCGAAAGAGAUUGGAAAGCUGGAUAUGCUAGAAGUUUUGAGGCUAAGGUCUUGUACAGAUUUGGUAAAACUUCCGUGCUCUAUUAUGGACCUGGGGAGUUUGAAUUUUCUUGAUAUAUCUGACUGCUUCAGCAUUAUCGCGUUGCCUGUAGACAUUGGUGGACUCAGCGGUUUAAGAAAGAUCAACAUGAGACAGUGUUCCAGAUUGACAGAGCUACCACUAUCGGUUUUUGAUUUUGAGAAUAUAGAGGAGGUGAUAUGUGAUGAAGAAACUAAAGAGUUGUGGGAGCCCUUCUUGCCUAGACUCCCGAGCGUCGAAGUAAGGGUGAUCAAAGAACAAUUCAACCUAAAUUGGCUCCAAAAGUCUCAAUUUUGAAAGUUUUCUUCUAUUUAGUGAACAGUGCAAGUCAUUUGUGCUUCAUUUUUGUUUCAUUUUUGGAAUAAAUGUUUUGUAAGAAUCCAACUGAGAUAAAGUUCUGAAAUUCUUUCAGAAUAAGAGUGAAAGUGUAUACUGUACAGCAAUUGGACUAUAUAAUAAACGGGUUUUGUGACA